AUGACCUGGCAAGAAACAAACCGCCACAAAACCAUCCUGCGCGCCGCCGAAGCCGGCAAAUACGGCGUGAUAGCAGCAAUAGCCUACAAUAUCGAACAAAUCCUGGGUCUAGUCCAAGCCGCCGAAACCGCCAAAUCCCCCUUAAUCAUCCAAUUCUUCCCAUGGGCAAUAACAGCAACAGACGGCCUACUAGUGCGCACAGCAGCAGAAGCCGCCAAGCGCGCAAGCGUGCCCAUCAGCAUCCACCUAGACCAUGCACAAUCCGAAGCCAUCAUCAAGCGCGCGGCUGAUACACUACCCUUCGACAGUAUCAUGGUCGACAUGUCGCACUAUGAGAAGGAGGAGAAUCUCGCCAAAACCCGGGCUCUUGUUGAGUAUUGCAAUGCGCGGCAGAUAGUGACUGAGGCUGAGCCGGGACGGAUUGAAGGGAGUGAGGAUGGGGUUAUGGAUACUGCGGGCUUAAAGGCUUGUAUGACUACUGCUGAGGAAGUUGAUGAGUUUGUUGGGACUGGGGUUGAUGCGUUGGCGCCUGCUUUUGGGAAUGUGCAUGGGGAGUAUGGGCCCGCUGGCCCGCAGUUGGAUUAUGAGAGGUUCGAACAAAUUCGUCAACAGGCUCGUGGACGGGUUCAUCUUGCGCUUCACGGUACCAAUGGCUUCUCGCAGGAGACGUUGAAGUAUUGUGUUGCGGCUGGUGUCACCAAGAUUAAUGUUAACAGGCUUGUUCUGGAUGACUACUAUGAUCACCUUCGCGCGAAUGUGGGUAAGAUGCCACACACUCAGUUGAUUGAGGAGGGGAUUCGGAAGGUGGCAGAUUUGACUGUGAGAUGGAUGGAGAUUUGUGGAUCUGCUGGAAAGGCAUGA